CUUCUACCAGCCAGUUGUCCUUCACGUCUCAUUCCAAAGAGAGACGCUACAUAACAGGGAGAGUAGAAGAUGAGUCUCAUCCGCUUCUUCUUCAUCUUUGUCUUGCUCCCUCUCGUCACCCCCGAGUGUCCUGCCCCUUGCCGCUGUGCCGCCAACGUCGUCGACUGCAUAUCAACCGAACUCACGGAUGAUGGGAUCCCCCUCUCCUUCUCCUCCUCAACCAGCAAGCUCUUUCUCAACAACAACUACCUGACCUUCAUUCCCAAAGGCCUCUUCGACAACCUGCCCAACCUCCAGGCGGUUUACCUGCGGGGGAACCCUUGGGAGUGUACCUGCAACAUUCUCUACCUCCGCUCCUGGCUGCAGUGGCAAGAAAACCGGACUCUGUAUCGCGACGUGGUGUGCUCGGCCCCUGCCCACCUUCAAGGUCGGAUUAUCACCUACCUAUCCGAAGAGGAGAUCAUCUCCAGCUGCCAGUCCUGGUAUUGCGGUGUGGCUCUGGUGGCCCAGAUCUGCCUCUUCGUCUUCAUCUUGGUGCAGGCCAUCUUGCUGCUUCUGGUGGUCUUCUACAUCUGCAGGUUCCAGCAGAUAGCCAUGGAAGCCAGGAGGACAAUGGCGGAGCUUUAUGAGAACACGGGCCUGUGGGAAAGCGCUCGUAAGGACAGUAUUGACUGAUGGACCGUGGCAGGGGUGGGCUUGCAAAAGUUUUAGCAAAGGGUUCUCUGUCCGGUUGCUGGGUGGGCGUGGCUUACUUGGCCACCAUGGUGGUAUGUUUUUGUCCUCGCUGGACUCCAGAGGUUCUCUGGAAGCCAGAAACGG